AUGUCGACGGAAAAGCGAAACCCAGCAGAGACACAGCUCAAAGAGCAGACGGUGUCCUCCACCCCUGAUCAUGGCAUCAGUCACGACAAGACAGUCAGCCAAAUAGGUCGAGGCGAGCCCACGGCAUCGUCAGACUCUAAUUGGGACUAUGAGGAUGGCGAUAUCGAGCCGGAACUUCACGCCCGGACCUACCUGGCCUUGGCCGCCAUGUUUCUGCUAAACCUGGUGCAGCUCAUCGCUCUUCAAGGCCCUCCGACAGUAUUGACCUACAUUGGCCGUGACCUGCACAAUCCGGAGAGGCAGGCAUGGGUCCCUACGUCCCUGUCUCUGGUACAGGCCGUGAUUGGGCCAGUCAUUUCGUUCGCUUCAGACACAUUUCAAGCGAGGAAGCCCAUUCUCGUUUGGACGUCGGCCAUCUCCUUCGUCGGCUGCGCCAUAGCGCCGGGCUCCAACACCAUCUACCGGCUCAUCGGCGCCCAAACACUGAUUGGCUUCGGGUUUGCCAGUGUCCCUUUAGCUUACUGCGUGCCAAGUGAGAUUCUUCCUCGGCGCUGGAGACCAAUGGCUCAAUCUGCGAUGAACGUCGCGGCUUCACUUGGCGCUUGUGCAGGCCCUCUUGCCAUUGGCGCAUUGACAAAACGCAAUGGAGAAACCGGAUGGAGGAUGUUCUAUUGGUUUCAAAUGGCAAUCUGGGGCCUCACCGCCGUCGGUAUUCAAUUUGGGUACCAGCCCCCGAAACGACACACCCACCUGGACCAACUGUCGUUCUGGCAAAAGCUUGGGCGACUGGACCUCGCGGGGACUGCACUAUUCACCACAGGGUUGACCCUGUUUCUGGUAGGGCUGAACCUAGGAGGCGAACUGUUUCCGUGGACUUCGGCACCACCUCUGGCAACGCUGAUCACCGGCAUCGCCGUUUUGACCGCAUUCGCACUCUAUGAGUGGAAAGGAAAUAGCACGGGUAUUCUGCACCACGAUCUUUUCGGUCGUGGGAGAGAGCGGGGCCAAACAUUCGCGAUAUGUGUUGGCCUCAUUUUUAUCGAGGCGGUCGUGCUCUUCUCGUAUAUCCUCUUCUACCCCGUCAUGACGACUAUGCUCUUUGAAACCGAUCCGGUGCUGAUGGUGGUACGUUUUCUGCCAUUUUGGAUUGCGAGCGCCAUAAGCACCUUGACCUUUGGAUUUGCAAGCAUGCGGAUGAGGACAAUUCGCUCGCCCCUGUUUGUGGGCUGGCUGCUUUGGACUGCUGGAACAAUCGGCUUCGCCACUGUCCAGCCUGACCACUCCACGCGAGCGGUCAUCUUUGCGACCCUAUCCGGCUUUGGGUUCGGCGCGCCGCUGAUCCUCAUCGUAGCUGGAGUUCAACUCUCAACGCCCCAUCACCUUAUCGCUACUGCGACGGCGGUCACCACUAGCGCCCGGGCGGUCGGUGCUACGGUGUUUACGUCCAUCUACGCGGCUGCUGUGGCAAGGCGACUUGGAUCUUACAUACCCGAAUAUGUAGCGAAGGCCACGACUCAAGCAGGGCUCCCAUCGACGUCAGUUGGCGCCUUCAUCGAGGCGCUGGGCGGCGGUGCGCCUGCUAAGCUGCAGGCAGUUCGAGGAAUUACUCCGGCAAUCAUCAGCGCGGGGUCUCUGGCCUAUAAGCAGGCUUAUGCGGACGGACUGCGCGUAGUUUACAUCAUCGCGGCUCCGUUUGGUGUGCUGGCGUGCGUGGUUUGCUUCUUCUUGGGCGAUAUGCGGAAGACGAUGAACUAUCAUGUGGACGCGCCAGUAGAGAAGCUCGUCGCGAGAGCGCGCGCGGGAAAAGAGGCGGAGCACGCCUAG